AAAAAAGGAAAAAGCAGGAACCGAGCGCCCGAGGACUUCAGUUUCGUUCGGUUGGCUGAUGGUUGUGGACGUUACACGCGUUCUUUCCCCCUUGAUCAAACAACGCACAGCAAUUUCCCAUCAGUCUGACUUGUCUAGUUCUUUGAUUAGACAUAUUCCCAAUUCGAUGCAGAAAAUAUUGUGAACAUCUUUCCAUCACCGUUCCGGAUUACUUCAGAAAUUGCAUUUCAAAACGUUUGAAAACAGAAGAAAAAGUCUCGAAACACACCUUGGUGGAUCAAACAAAGAACAAAAAAAAACAACAGAGAUUUGGAAAUUCCGCUAACUCGGACAAUGGCGCUCGUCGACAAUUUUCUCGGCAACCACCAGCACGGCUCUUCGCGCUUAAUGAUGAUUCAGGCUCGUUUCCAACAGCGUCAGCAGGAGGAGAAAGAGCACAAGCUGUUCGCCAUGUUGGAAGAACAGCACGACGCGGCCGCAGGAGAUGUAGGAGGUGGCCUCGGUUUGAUACCGGCUACCCGAACGCAUAGUAACGGGAGCAAUAACAGCCAACACAAUAGUGCUAGCAGCAAUGCUUCUCUGUCGUCGUCCAUUGGUUCUUCGCUCGCCUCAUCCCUAGGAUCUACCGGAAGCGGAAUGGCAGUUCCUGGAGGUGGAAAGGUGAGACAAAUGUUUGAAGAACGUCGCAGUCAAAUAAAUGGCAGACCACCGGUUUACACGAAAAAUGUGGAAACCCGUAAAGCCAUACCUGUAACCACAAGAGGCUGGGACAGAUCGCAUCCUCUGGAUCCUUUGCCGUCUAACGCACACGAGAGGAACCUUAAGGUGCCUACCGGUAGCCAACAGCAACAACGCAGUCGAGCGCGCGGCGUCAGCCUGGAGCGCGGAGCACACGCUUUCGAUGACGGUAAAUCGGAUGGCAUCCGCCGAAGCAAGAGCCAAUACCAAGUGGAUGACGCUCCAGGAGGGACGAUUCGCAAUGCCAAACGGCCGCCACCGUCCGAAGGCCAAAACUUGUUGAACGUUUCCGGCACAUUGAAACCGAAGAGCAUGACGUCGCUGUUGGACGACAAUCAGAACGCCAUCAACAACCAUCCAACCAGCAAAACUAUUCCGAGAUUCGGUUAUAAUCAGUCGCCCGUGCGUAACCCGUCUCACCGUUAUCAGCAGGCAUAUCGAGAAGAUACUCCAGAUGGCAGCAAUCAAGAUCGAACGGAUGGUACGCGUAAUCGAAGUAAAAGCCAACAGAACGAUGAAUAUAUGAGGGCUGACCGGAUGGACGAUUCAGCCCGACUAGCUGCCAGUCAGGCAGCUGCCGCCAUGGCAGCUGCGGCCGAAACGACCCGCCGAUUGGAACGCGAGAAAGCCCAAAUUCAGGCGGAAGCCAAAAGACGCGAGGAAGAGCUCAUGAACACAAUCAGACAACAACAAGAGCAACUCCAAUUGCUAAAACAGGCCGCCUCCUUGGCUGAACAGAAAGCUAAGGCAGCAGCUGCAGCUCCGGCCACAGCCUCAGUUUCACGGCCUUCGCGUCCGAUGAGAAACUCAUAUCGACCAGCAGAGGAGAGCGAUGAUUCAAAAUCAAGCGUUUCGGACGACGCGGUCGUUUCGCCGCCCAGUUCUAGAGGUUGGAACCCGGCUCCUAAUUCAAAGAAAUCUUCCACAAGCGCUACACAUGAGACGAGUGCUACACCUACACCCGUAAAACCGAAAUUAGCACCAAAGCCCGUGGUCGAAUCGUCUCCAACCAAGAACGCUACAAUGCCACGCAAGUCCAUUUUUGCCACUGGCCCAUCGGCUGGUGGUAAAGAUGGCCUAAUUGCAUGUUCUCUAUGUGGCCGGAAUUUCGCCUCGGACAGGAUAGAGAAACACGAAGGCAUUUGCGCUAAAACCAAAGCUAAGAAGCGCAAAGUUUUCGACAUAACCAAGAUGAGAGUUAAAGGUACUGAGGCCGAAAGCUUUGUUCUGGCCCCACCCGGUCGUAAUAAUCAGCAGAACAGCAGCAACAAUAAGAAACCAAUCAGCAUUGGUCAGCACAUUUUGCAACAGCAACAGCAGGCGGCAAAGGUGACUGCUGCUCCCAGUGCCAAGGAAUCGGAGGACAGCAAAAAAGCUGAUUGGCGCAAGAAACACGAAUCUUUCAUUGAAGCCAUACGAGCUGCCAAAGCUAUGCAGAAGCAUCUUAAAGCAGGAGGGAAAUUGUCGGAUUUACCACCCCCACCGCCGUCUGAUACAAGUGACUAUAUCACAUGUCCGUACUGCCAGAGGCGUUUUUCGCCUGGAGCGGCUGAUAGGCAUAUCCCAAAAUGUUCUACCAUUUUAUCCAACAAAAAAAAGGUCCACAAAUAACAACUGUUACAAUAAAAAGCGCAUAAAGCACUCAUAUCGCAAAACCACAACAAUCGCCUAACGUGCAUUCCGGCCAUGAAAGGAGGUACAGCAGUUGAAUUCCGAACGUGGAGAAAAACGUGAAUUGGUUGGAAUAUUAACCGGAAACAUAAAAAAGCAAAAUUUACUACAAUAACCAUGAGUAACAACGUAACUGUAUGUGCAUUAUGAUUCAACGUUGGUUCUGGAUGGCUUUUCACGAAGAAACGUGUAUUACAAUUUCUAUACCAUUUCAUGGAAGCGUCAUCAAUACAUUGAAAGACAGUAAACAAG